UUGUGUGACAGCGUAGCAAAGCGUAUUGUCUUUCGUGUAUAUUGUAUUCGUUGUUUAUUCGUCGUUUGUGGAGUUUCCUAUUUUUGCGUCCUAUCUGUAAUGCUAAUUUCUGUUUUCUGUGCUGCGUGUUGUUUUUGUUUGCGUGUUUUGUAAAAAGUUUUCCCAACCUGAUCAAGCACAGUGGGUGAAAUUGAUCGCUGUUUUGCAGCAGGGUCAUCCUAAUGGCUCACCAGGGUAUAACACCACGGAAUCGAACACCGUUGGGCGAGUUACCGGUCGUACCGGGUGAAACGGUGGGGAAUGCAUCCCCCACGACGGGCAAUAGUCCUGCCACACCGCAACGUGCUGUGCUAGCUCCCCGAUUGAUCGACAGCCCUAGAGGGAACAUACCGGACAGCAUCCUGACGCCGACACUCACGCCGGAAGAGAUGUUCACUCGACAGCGUGGUCGUCGCCGUACACCGGUCGUUUGGUCACCGGAUAAUCGCGAUCGUGUCCCAUAUCCAUCGCCGAUGCAAACACCACCGAGAAACACGUCUACGAUGACGCUUCGCAGCUCGCCAAAGAAGCGAUCGCUAAUGCAGGAAUUUGCCGAAGUGCCGUCCACGAGUGGUGGAUCCUCGCCGUGUUCGCAAAGAAUGUCAACGGCACAAACAUCCACUGACGAUUCCCCCGGAACCAGUGCGAAGAAGCCAAAGGUGAACGAUACGGAGAUGACUCGUCAGAAUGGUACCAUUCCAUUGGAGACCAUACUGAAAGGCUACAGCCAGGACCAGCUGGUAAGCAUGAUAGGUUCGAUCGUGUCCAAAAACGAACAGCUGGAAGGUGCCAUUCGACGUGAGCUGCCGCUGCCGGACAUUUGUCCCCUGGAAGAAGAGCUGAUCCGCAUCAAGAAGAACAUUUACGCAUGCGUCCCGAACAGGAAGUUGUUGAGUCGCACCGAUGGACAUGGAUUUUUGCGUGCUGCCACCCAUCUGGCCACGUUCAAGCUGACCAUCCAAAGUCAGGCACAGAAUCUGUACACUUCCCGGCACUGGGACGCACUGCUCGAUUACGUACUGAUGGCGUGGGUGCUCGUGCGCGAAACACCCGUGUACGAUAAUGCCAAACAUAAUGCCAUGCGGCGGUAUUGCUUUAAGCUGCUGGCCCACCAUGCCACCAAUGCCCUGAAGCAUGGCGCAUUGGGACUCGGCAUCGAGCGGGUUGCACGGUUCCAGCAGAAGCUCACCGCCAUGAUAGCUGACUGUCCUGAGAUUAGCGGAUGUCGCAAGUGCCUUGAGUACCUUAUGAAAGGACUCUGAAAUAAGAUGAAAGGUAAAAAGUGAAUGUAGAUCGAUGGAAAGAGCUUCGGAUAUGAAUGUUUUUGCUGGUUACAGAACAGAAUAUUUCUGCCCCGAACAAUCAGUUUGCGGAAAAAGAAUGUACUAAGCACCACGGGAUGCUAAUUUUUAGUACAUUUUUUAUUGGAAAGUGUUAAUUUUAUUCUAAAUAAAUUAUGAAUAAAACGUCGCUAAACUAGCAAAGGAGUGGAAUCAGUUUGUGUUUCGCUGCCAUUCGUGUAUGGAGUAUUUAAAAAACGAGACAGCAAACAUCGAUAGCAAAAUAUACACUGCGUUUCAAAGCGACUACCUCGCCCAGGAUUUUUAUUAUAUUUGGGGCUAAGAUUAAGAACAGAAGUUAUUCAAUAAAUAAACAGAAAUUG